AUGGACAACAUUGUUCACCAGUUAAUGCACUUUCGCCACUUUCUCACGCACGACCUCACCGACAUUUUCGCUCUCAACUACGCCUUCUGGGUGCUCUACAUGCUCGUGCUGGUGCUCAUCUCCGCCACUAUUACGCGCUACUUUUCACCCCAGGCAGCCGGCUCGGGCGUCUCGGAGAUGAAGGUGAUUUUGCGUGGUGUGACGCUGAAAGAGUACCUGUCGCUGAAAACGCUGCUAACAAAGAUAGUCGGUGAAACUUUCACUCUCGCCAGUGGCAUCUACCUUGGGAAGGAAGGCCCAUUUGUGCACAUCUCCGCCAUGGUGGCGAAUCAGUUCAUGAAGAUCUUCUACCACCUAACCGACCCGCAGCAGUACGAAUCUCGCUUCCUCGAGAUCAUGGCGGUCGCCUGUGGAGUGGGCGUCGCCGUGUCCUUCGCUUCGCCCGUGGGCGGCGUACUGUACAGCAUUGAGAUCGUCUCGGUCUUCUUCUCCGUCCGCUCCUACUGGCACGGCUUCACGGCGGCCACCAUCGGGGCGUUGCUGUGGCGCCUGCUGCCGGUCUGGUUCGGCCAGCAGGAGGUGGUGGCGCCCCUCUUCAAGACCGCCUUCCGCGCCGACUACCCCUACGAGACGCUGGAGCUGCUCUCCUUUGCCCUUCUCGGGCUGCUCUGCGGCCUGGCCGCCUACGCCUACAUCUCACUCAAUCGGUGGUUCGUCCUCUUCAACCGCCGCAAGAAUCGCGUGAACGCCUUUCUGCAGCAGUACCCACUGCUCUAUCCGAUCAUUGUGACGGUGGGCGUUGGCCUGGUCACCUUUCCCAGCGCUCUGGGCCAGUACUACACCUCCUGCUUGACGCAUGAGGAGGCCAUUCGUGAGCUGUACUCCAACUACACCUGGUUUCCGCUGCAGAAUGCCGUUGAUAAUCAAGAACAGAGAGCUGUCGUCGACAACUGGCACACUGCUCAUACGACCGUCUUCGAGAACACGCUUCUUUUUUCCGUCAUGAACAUAAUUCUCAUUGCCGUCUGCACCACGCUGCCAAUUCCGGGUGGAAUAAUUGUGCCGAGUUUUAAAAUUGGCGCCGGCUUUGGACGAUUCUACGGAGAGGGCAUGGCGUAUCUCUUUCCCCACGGUUUGAUGGCUCGCUUCAAUCGAACCGAGUAUCCGAUACUGGCGGGCACCUAUGCUCUGGUCGGCUCUGCGGCUUUUGCCGGCGCAAACACCGGCGCUAUGUCUUCUGCACUUGGAAGAGCAAUUGACAAUCUGAAUCAACAUGACAAAGAGCCAGAAGCACCUGAAAUGAAUGGCCAGAAGGAACCGUUGGAUGCGUUCAGUGACGACGAUGAAGAGGACGAUAAUGAAGAUGGCAAUAAAAGUGGAUCUGAUGUGGAGAAAGGCAAAGUUGCUGUCAAGAAAACGGUAUCAAUUGAACUGCCUAAAAAGUGA